CACAACACGCGGCGAAACGAACGUUCACAACCUCGACACCUUUUUCCUUCCUUUGAACAGUCACUCGAAAAAUAAUUUAUCUUCUCAAAGCACUCUCUUUCUUCCUACCCGUCACUAUCUCUAUCCUCUGUAUCCUUUCAGUCUUAAAAGAACAAACGAAUUUAAGUCCGUUUUCUGCUUCGAGCUCAAUCAAUUAAUAUAUUCUUCCAAGAUUUUCAAAGGUCAAUGUUGGAUUCUGAUCUCCGCUCGCACUUUCUGAACUAGAACGAACGUUUAACUCUCCAUCUUCAUCGUCUGCUCCUCCUUCUUCACUUUUCCUUAAUUAAAGUGGAGGGAUUGGGAUUAAAGAGUAGAGUUUGAGGUGCUCUCUGUCUCUUCCUCUUCUAUCCUUUUUCUUCUUUAUUAAUGGUUCUGGAUGGUGACAAUGCCCUUUUCCGUUAAAAAGGAAAGUGAAUUUCUUGUUCUGGGUACAUUCCAUGUUUGGACUUUGGUUACCCAUUUUGAGAGAACUAGCUCAAAAGGGCAUCCCAAAACACAACCCAUAAUUCAAGCCGUUGGAUAAUCACUCACGACCUUUACCAAUUCGUUUUUCCUAUAUAAACGUUCUUUGCUGUUUCAGAGGGUUUUCAAACAGUACCUAUCAAUGUCUUCUCUCACAUCGUUUUGUUCCUCAAAUCUGGAGCUGUUUCUUCAUCACGUGACCCCCACGGUUCCCUCACGACCACUUCCUCAGAGCUGCUUUAAUGAUCUAAAUAUCCUCUGGCAACCACCUGGUAAAGACAUAAUUGAAUACUUCACGUUGAGGGAUCUCUGGGACUGCUAUGACGAAUGGAGUGCAUAUGGUGCUGGCACCCCAGUACUGAUGAGUGGUCGUGAAACCGUGAUGCAGUACUAUGUUCCUUAUCUAUCUGCCAUUCAGAUAUACACUAACAAAUCAGGUGCCACUUCCAGGAAUCGUAAAGAUGACAGUGAUGUGGCAGAAUUUGAAAGUGAUUCUUGGAGUGAUGACAGUGGGAGUGAUAAUCUAUCAAGGUCGCUAAGCAACCACUCUAGCAAGGCUUGGGAUGCGGUUUCUGAAGAUUCAAGCUUAGAGCAAGAGGGUUCAUUGGCAAUGAAGGAUAGGCUUGGCUGCCUUUACUUACAUUACAUUGAAACCGCUUCCCCCUACUGGAGAGUCCCAUUCUCGGACAAGAUAACUGAAUUAUCUCAAAGUAGCCCCGCGUUAAUGACACUCAAGAGUGUGGAUCUUUCCCCUGCGAGUUGGAUGGCUGUUGCUUGGUAUCCUAUUUAUCACAUUCCAAGUCAGAAAAAUGAAAAGGAUUUGUCGGCAUGCUUCCUCAGUUAUCAUACUUUGUCCUCAACUUUCCAAGACGAUACAUUGGAGAAUGUUGACACCAAUAUCAAACAUGCUAAGUGCCAUCAUGAAGUAAUGGGAAACGUAGGACAGAAAUCUAAGGAAGAAAGCAAUGGUGGGAUUUCUCUUCCUCCCUUUGGUCUAGCUACUUACAAGUUACAAGGAGAUCUUUGGAUAAAGCCACAGACAUCUGAUCGUGAAAGGAUAAUCCAUCUCUACAGCGCUGCAGAUUCGUGGUUGAAGCAGCUCAGCAUCCAACACCAUGACUUCAACUUCUUCACUUUUCAUGCCACCAUGUAAGUUAGCAUGCUUCCUUCCGUUCAGUGCUCUAGCAAAGUCCUAUUAAAAUGUUCCCCAGCUUAAGUGCUGAAACAUUAACAAACUACAAGCUCGAAUGCAAAAUUUAAUUCGGUAGAAUAGAUUGCUUCCGAAGUUCUGUGCGAGGCAGACUGUACAUUUUGUUUAGUAAUUUACAACAGACUUAGAUAGAGGAAGAAGUUGAGAGGCACGUUGGUUUAUUUUCCUUUUGGCUCCUAAUUUUUUUGGUCUUCAUGGAGUUUAUGUGGAUAAAUAUAUCAUGUCUAUAGGCUGAUCAUCAACCUUUUACAUGAUAUGCUUUUUCAUUUCCAGAAAGAAUGUGUAUAUAUGAACUACUUUUGUCCAAUAUGUUUCUCUUUGCUGGAAUAUGGAGGCCUCAGUUUACAGUUUGUUGGUGUUUGUUUUUAUUAAGAACCUGAAAAGGGAAUAUAACAGAGGGCAAUAACUACUGAUCUGGAGAUCAAGAACA